AUGUCCUUUGACGAAAGAUUCCCCAAACGCCAGGUCCAAAUCAUCUCGGCCCCAUUUUCUGGAGGCCAACCCCGUGGAGGUGUCGAUGAAGGCCCUCAGCACCUUCUCGAGGCAGGCCUUGAGACUGUGCUCAAGGACCUUGACUGGAACCCCUCGUUUGAUGGUCACCUGGACUUCCCGGUACCAGAGUCUGGAGACGAGCCUAUUGGUCACGUCAAAAACCCACGCCACGUUUCUAGUGCUGCCCACAAGGUCUUUACACAUGUCUCAGAGGCUGCCAAAAGUGGCAAGUUCCCAUUGACCAUUGGCGGUGACCAUUCCAUUGGCAUUGGUACCGUCGCAGGUGUCAUGCAGCAGUACCCGGAUGCAUGUGUCAUUUGGGUCGAUGCCCAUGCUGAUAUCAACUCUCCUCAAGGCUCUGAAUCAGGGAACCUUCACGGAUGCCCCGUCUCAUUUGUUUUGGGCCACGAUGACCCACUGCCCUCUGAUGAUCCCAAAGAAGCUAAUCUUUUCAACUGGGUCCCUCACUGCCUGGAUCCCUCGCGUAUUGCUUACAUUGGCCUCCGUGAUCUCGACAAGUACGAGAAAAAUAUCCUCAAGGAAAAUCACAUUGCAGCUUUUACUAUGCGCCACGUUGAUCAGUACGGUAUUGGCAAGGUUGUUGAAAUGGCCCUGCGCGCCAUUAACCCUCACAACAAGAGACCUAUCCACCUCUCCUUUGACAUUGAUGCCCUUGACCCCUUCUUUGCACCAGCAACUGGUACUGCUGUUCGUGGAGGUCUUACCUGGCGUGAGGGCUGUUACAUUUGCGAGGCAAUUGCAGAGACUGGCAACCUUGUGGCGAUGGAUCUCGUCGAAGUUAACCCCCAUCUGGCAGAGACUGAAGAGCACGCCAAAAUGACUACAAACGCGGGCAUUUCUCUCGUCAAGUGCGCUCUCGGCGAUGUUUUGCUGUGA